AUGGCAGGUCCAAAUCUCGAGGUCUUCAAGUUCGGAAUGUACAUUCUCUUCCCAAUCAGUAUAAUGUACUACUUCGGUACCAAUCUUGACGGCAAAUUUACGGUUCCUGAUUUCUGGCCGAAGCCAGGCCAAACGCACAAGAUUCCGUAUGACCGCGAUGAGAUAGCAAAGGAACUGGAGAGGAUAAAGGCGAGGAAUCUGGAAAACAAGCGCAGGAGAGAGGAGAGGGAGAGACUGAGGGAGAUGGGUGGCCAGCCUAGGGAGGAAUGA